AACGGACAGGCCCUCCGUCCACAGUCCGCACCGCCCCUGGCGCUGCAAGAAAAAACAUCGCCAAAAGAGCACACAACCUUGGCUGGAGGCGGCGGCAGGGCGAAUCUCCGCAGUCUGAGUCUGAGAUAACCCCACGCUUCCCACCAGCCCAUUCCUUUCCCCACACCCCGUCCUCCUCCGCUUCCCCCGACGCCAAGAGCCAAACCUCCAGCUAGCAAGCUCGCUCGCUCCAGAAGCUUCCCCUUCCCCCUGCCCCUAGAUCUCCCAUUCCCUCCAGGCCGCCGCCGAUCCGGCGAUGGCGACGAAGGCGAAGCUCGGGGAGCUAAUGUGGGAGCACCGGUUGCAGGCGGCGGCCGCGGUGGCGUUCGUUGCCGCGGCCGCCGUCUCGAUCUCCGCCAUCGGGCCCAGGCUCGGCGCCGUGGUCUCCUUCUUCUGGCCGCUGCUCGUCUCCACGGGCUUCUUCCUCGUGGCCGUCGCCGUGCUGCUCCGGAUCUCGCCGCCGCCCGCGGGUGCCGACGAGUCCGGCAAGGAGCUCAUCGACUUCGUCGCCGGGUGCCGCCCGGAGCACUUCGUCCCGGAGUCGGCCGCGGCCGGGGCCGCGCCCGCCGUGGAGGCGCCGCCGGAGCCGGAGAUCUAGCGGCCGGCCGGAGGAGGAGCCGAGGAAGAGGUGUGGCACGGUAUCGUCGCCUUGGGGUGACUCGAAGGUGGCGGUGGGGGUAACCUGUAUGGGCCCACCUAGAAGUGGCGGGCGCACGGCCCCGGCCGGCUCCCGUACGGCGCGGCCGCGGCUCGGUAGCGUAGGAUUUCUCCAUGUCUCCCUCCCUAGUCCGGCUCUGGUCCGGUGUACAAUACCGUGGAAUUCAAUAAUAAACCAUCGCAUAAAAUAAAACCGUCCUCGCCGAGGCGAUCUGCGUGUGCCUUCCCUUUCGUGUUUCGCCGUCCAGUUUCUACUUUUCUAGUCGAGGCUUUAGCUCAGCAUCAUCGCUGAUGCCAGGGAAAGCGAAAGGUGAACGAGACCUUAGCUUUCGGUCAUCUGCUUUAGAGUCUCUUCUCACAAAAUUCCGUAUCCCCAUCUAGCUUUCCAAGGUCUCGCGUUCCUCAAAAUCAUUCAUAGAUCUUUAUAUUUUUAUCGGAAAUCAUUCAUAGAUCUUUAUUGUUUUUUGAUCGGAAAUCAUUCAUAGAUCUCAUUUCAAAGCCUGAUAGGUUGCUCGUUGCUGGAUCCUUUCGGCGUCAGAGCGAAUCUGGGACCGUCCAAUUUUUCCGCUCGUGCUCUCCUAAAAUUUUUCCUUCUAUAACACUAUUAAAUUAUUCUUUAACAUUAUUACGAUAUCUUUUAUUUUUUAUAUCCUUAACAAGUAUUUUAAUUCCUAUUUUCUAUUACUCCUAUUUUUUAAUGACCUACCGUUAUUCUCUUUAAACAGUGAUACGAAGAUGCCGACUCUGCUGGGAUGCUCUAAGGGAUGACGGCCGCCAAGUCGUAGAAGAAUGAGUAGAUGACCGACGCUUCCCGUCGCUGUCCUCGAACGGCGCUAUCAGGCUAUGGUCAGUUGGUCACCCUGCAGUAGUCAAUGCAUACCUGCGAGGUAAAGUGAAAUCGUGGGGGUCCGUGUGCUCGGAUGCCACAUGGAACGUUGAAAAAUGAAAAUGAUCAAGGAUUAACGUCCAUUGUUCUGCACGGAUGACAAAUGCUAGCUUUGUCUCUCUUGAAAAAAAAAUCAUGUUGAACUAGAACUGAGCAUUGGUUUUGAUGGUUAGGAUAGGUGACUGUAUCCUUGCCUGUCAGCUAUCAUACUUCUAGUUUGCUUUUUUAUAUGUCUGGUUAAGAUGAAAUUUUUAGUGGUAGGUG